AUGGUCACGAUAAACCAUUUCAACAAGGAUGUGGCUACGCAUAAGAAGAUGAUAUACAAGAACCUCUGUGCUAAUGUCAUACGAAAUGAAAAUAUAAUAACCACACAAGCCAAAGCAAGACAAGCACAACCUCACAUUGAACGAUUUCUCGGCAAAGCUCUUGCCGAAAGCAAGACUGUCAAUGCUCCUAAUCUGGGAGAGAAACUUUUGAAAAUAAAAGCAUUUGAUUAUUUACAACCACCUGAUAAGCAAGACGUUGGAUUGAAAGUAAUUCGUGAAUUAAGUGAUCGGUACAAGAAUAGAGACCAUGGUUUCACGAGAAUCAUCAAAUUGGAACCAAGAUUGGGUGAAGAUAAAGCACCCAUGUGUGUUCUAGAACUAGUUGACUCUAAAUAUGAAAUCAAGUUGUGGUUUACUGCUAAAGCUGUUGCCAAGUUGGAGUUGCAAAAUAUACCCUUGGAUGAUAUAACACAAUUAAAUGUCAAGAAAUUGACUAGUGGCAGGCCUGAGGGUGAACAAGUGUUUAGAGAUGCUGUUGAAACCUGUAAAAAAGAAUUUUUCAAGCAUGGUGUUGAAGAUGCAGAUGCCACUGUCGAUGCAAAAUUAAAACAACUGUUGGAAAGCUUACCCAAUAUGGAGAGACACACAGGUGAUUUAAAAGGAAAAUUGUUAGUAUCGAAAAAGUAUAAAACCAGGCCAAGAAUGAGCAACAGCGAUAGCAACACCCCACAGGAAUCGGUUAUACCUCCAUCACCAUUUUUAAAAUCAGCAUAG